AGUCACACGGAGCUUCACUACCGGCGGCGAGAGCAGAGCGAAAGAGGAGGAGAGCUGCGUCAACCGACACACACAGCGAGCGCUCAGCCCGCCAGCUCCGGGUUUAAAGUUGUGGGAUAAGAAAGGGCAUUUCUCCUGCUCGACGGCGGACCGAUAAGGGAUUUUUGUUCCUCUCAUUCGACAACAUGUCGGGGAGCCGAGAGGAGGAGCGGCGCAAACUGGCCGACAUCAUCAACCACUGGAACGCCAACCGGCUCGACCUGUUCGAGAUCAGCCAGCCGACCGAGGAGUUGGAGUUCCAUGGCGUGAUGAGGUUCUACUUCCAGGACAGGGUGGCAGGGAAUUUUGCCACCAAGUGCAUCCGAGUGUCCAGCACGGCCACCACACAGGACGUGAUCGAGACCCUGGCUGAGAAAUUCCGGCCCGACAUGAGGAUGCUCUCAUCACCCAAAUACUCUCUGUACGAGGUCCACGUCAGCGGGGAAGAACGGAAGCUGGACCUGGACGAGAAGCCCCUGGUGGUGCAGCUCAACUGGAACAAAGACGACAGAGAGGGCCGCUUCGUCCUCAAGAACGAAAAUGACAUCAUUCCAAAGAAAGCACAGAGCAAUGGCCCUGAGAAAGAGAAAGAGGGGGUGAUCCAGAACUUCAAAAGAACGCUCUCCAAGAAAGAGAAAAAGAAGGAGAAAAAGAAAGAUAAAGAGGCCUUUGCACGGAUUCCUGAUGGCGAUGACCAUGCACUGAACAGAGAGGAUGGAGACUCGAGACUGGCAGCAGAAGUGUAUAAAGACAUGCCUGAGACCAGCUUCACUCGCACCAUCUCCAACCCUGAGGUCGUCAUGAAGAGAAGACGGCAGCAGAAGCUGGAGAAGAGAAUGCAAGAGUUCCGCAGUGGUGAUGGUCGACCAGACUCAGGGGGGACACUGAGGAUCUAUGCAGACAGUCUGAAGCCCAACAUCCCCUAUAAGACCAUCCUGCUGUCCACUACUGACACAGCUGACUUUGCAGUGGCCGAGGCUCUAGAGAAAUAUGGCUUGGAGAAGGAGAACCCCAGAGAGUACUGCAUUGCACGGGUUGUCCACUCUGAUGAUAAGCCUGUGAAGGAGACCAUACUGGAUGAUACAGAGUGUCCACUGCAGAUCUUCAGAGACUGGACCAGUGAUAAAGAGGCUUUAGUGUUCCAGCUGAAGAAGCGACCCCCGGACUACAUCGCUAAAAAGGGCCGCAAGUCAGACGAAAGGAUGGGGCCACUGCAUGGAUCUCUGCCUCCAGAGAAACUGCCUUAUCUAGUAGAGCUGAGUCCAGGGCGGGGGAAUCACUAUGCCUACUACGGCUAUCGGCAACAUGAAGAUGGUUCAGACUCCAGGGAUAAACCCAAACUAUACCGGCUGCAGCACAGCCUGACUGAGGUCGGAUCAGACCGAAGCGAAGACGGCAACAUCCAGCUGUUUGGACCAGGCAUCCUGCCUCACCACUGUAACCUGAUGCAUGCGGACGGUCUGGUAAUGGUCACUCCUGUCAGCAUGGAUGCCGAGACCUUUGUGGAUGGACAGCGGAUUCAGGACACCACAGUGCUGCGCAGCGGCAUGACCCUGCAGUUCGGUGCUGCUCACGUCUUUAAGUUUGUGGACCCCAGCUAUGACCAUGUCAUGGCCAAGCGAGACCCAGGGCCCAUGGUGAAGGGCAGGAACAAGUCAGGGAGUGUCCCAGAGACGACCUUUGACCUGCACGGGGACGUUCACAGUGGCACCGCUCUGCCCACAAGCAAGAGCUCAGGGAAGCUGGACAUGGAUCGUUCUGGUAACGGCAGCGAGAGAGGCAUGGUGAAGCCCAUGAUUCGUGGAGAGCAGCAGGAUUUCAGCAAGCACGAUGGAAGACCUCAUGAUGGCCCUGAGCUUACACUACCAGCCAGCAUCGAGUUCAGGGAGAACUCCGAAGACGCCUUCCUGUCAGCCAUCAUCAACUACACCAACAGCUCCACUGUGCACUUCAAGCUGUCACCCACCUAUGUGCUCUAUAUGACCUGCCGCUACGUGAUGUCCAGCCAAUACCGGCCAGACAUCAGUCCGUCAGAGCGAACGCACAAAGUCAUCGCCAUCGUGAACAAGAUGGUGAGCAUGAUGGAAGGAGUGAUUCAGGAGAUUGCUGAUGGUGACCAGAAGCAGAAAAACAUUGCUGGGGCUCUGGCCUUCUGGAUGGCCAAUGCCUCAGAGCUGCUCAACUUCAUCAAGCAGGACAAAGACCUGAGUCGCAUCACGCUGGACGCACAAGACGUCCUUGCACACCUCGUCCAGAUGGCCUUCAAGUACUUGGUACACUGUUUGCAAUCAGAUCUGAAUAACUACAUGCCUGCGUUCCUAGACGACCCUGAGGAGCAGAAUCCACAGAGGCCUAAGAUAGAGGAUGUGUUGCACACUCUGACUGGUGCCAUGUCGUUGCUGCGGCGUUGCCGUGUCAACGCAGCCCUCACCAUCCAGCUGUUCUCUCAGCUCUUCCACUUCAUCAACAUGUGGCUCUUCAACAAGCUGGUGACUGAGUCAGACUCAGGCCUGUGCUCACACUACUGGGGCGCCAUCCUGCGCCAGCAGCUCAGUCACAUAGAGGCCUGGGCUGAGAAGCAAGGGCUGGAGCUGGCUGCAGACUGCCACCUCAGCCGCAUAGUGCAGGCAACGACUCUUCUCACUAUGGACAAAUACUCUGUGCAAGAUGUGCAGAACAUCAACAACACUUGCUUCAAACUCAACUCUCUGCAGCUCAAUGCCCUCAUGAGCAACUAUCACUGUGCCCCAGAUGAGCCCUACAUCCCUCAUGAGCUAAUUGAUCACGUAGUAGCUGUGGCAGAGAACACAGCGGAUGAACUGGCUCGAAGUGAUGGGCGAGAGGUCCAGCUGGAGGAGGAUCCUGACCUGCAGCUCCCCUUCCUGCUGCCUGAGGACGGCUACUCCUGCGACGUCGUCCGCAACAUUCCCAACGGCUUCCAGGAGUUUCUGGAGCCGCUCUGUCAGAGAGGCUUCUGUCGUCUGACCCCUCACCCUCGUUCUCCAGGCACCUGGACCGUCUACUUUGAAGGAGCAGACUGUGACAGCCACUUUUCCACUGACAACUCAGAGCUGCCAAUGAGGAAGGAACCAGAAGUUGUGACUGUGACACUGAAGAAGCACAAUGGCAUGGGCCUCAGCAUCGUGGCAGCCAAGGGUGCUGGCCAGGAAAAGCUUGGGAUUUACAUCAAGUCUGUUGUAAAGGGGGGAGCUGCAGACAUGGACGGACGUCUGGCUGCUGGAGACCAGUUACUCAGUGUGGACGGGAGAAGUCUGGUUGGACUUUCUCAGGAAAGGGCUGCGGAGUUGAUGACACGCACAGGCUCGGUGGUGACACUAGAAGUGGCUAAGCAGGGGGCUAUUUACCACGGGCUGGCCACACUGCUCAACCAGCCCUCACCCAUGAUGCCCCGCGCAUCAGACCGGGGCCGUGGGGAUAAGGGUAAGGCCAGACCGAAGAGUGAGGGCUUCGAGCUGUACAACAACUCUGUUCAGAACGGGUCUCCAGAGAGCCCCCAGGGGGCCUGGGACACUUACCCCGAACCAAAGAGAGAGGACAGGCUCCUGAAGAACCGGGCAGACCAUCGCUCUAGCCCCAAUGUGGCCAAUCAAGCUCAGAGUCCAGGGGGAAAGUCUGCCUAUCCUGGAGCUCCAGGAAAGAUCACGUCUGUCUCCACAGGCAACCUCUGCCCUGAUGAGGAGCCCUCUCCGCCCCGUCCAGAAGCAUACCCAAUCCCCACUCAGACGUACCCUAGGGAAUACUUCACCUUCCCUGCCUCUAAACCUCAGGACAGGAUGGGCCCUGGAUCCGGCCAGCCUUGGCAGAGCAAUGAGCCAGAACCACUUCCUCCUAUGGAUGACCAUCACCACAACAGCAUGGCUAUGCAGCGGGUGGCACGCUCUCAGGAGGAGCUGUGUGACCCUCCAGUGGGAUACCCCGCCGACCGCCUGCCUGAGCGUCUGAGACAGGAAGACCUGCGGCUCCUGCAGCAACAGCGUGAGGCAGAGUAUCAGCGGGACCGCGUGGCUGGAGAGCACUGGAAUCACCAGGUGUCGUCCUCAGUGGAGUCCAGCACCUCCAGUCAGGAGCACCUUAACUACUCAUCAUCUUCGUCUGGCACCAAGCCCCAGAGCAACCACAAGAGCGGUGCCGGCCGCUGGAAGACUCCCAUAGGGCCCCACUCUGGCCCCGUGGGUGUGUCCCAGCCGUCCCGCACAGACCUGCCCCCUCCCCCUCCACCCCCGCCUCCAGCGCUCUAUGACUAUGAGCCCCAGACUGAGCUGCCCCUGCCACCCCCGCCUGCCAUCUCCCAGCAGCAGCAGCAGGCCAUGGCUGACCGCAAGAAGCGCGAGGAGCAGCAGCGCUGGUAUGAAAAGGAGAAGGCUCGACUAGAAGAGGAGAGAGAGAGGAAGAGGAGGGAGCAGGAGAGGAAGCUGGGUCAAAUUCGCAACCCCAUGGGCCCACCCCCUGCCCUUCAUAACAAUCAGCAUGGCCCCACUUUGCCCCCAGCUCCCCAGCACCAGCAGAUGCCUCCUCCACAGCCACCAGUGUCCAUGCAGCUGCCCCAGCCCUACCUGCCCCAACCCCAGCAGCCACCCCAGACCCAGCCGCCCAGGCCAGAGAAGCUUUCCACCCUUCCUCGUGCCCCACUGCCACCUUCACAGCCUCUAGACACGGUGAUCCGGGACCUGCAGCCGCAGCAGCAACCGCGCACCAUCGAGCGGCGCGACCUGCAGUACAUUACCAUCAGCAAAGAGGAGCUGUCAGCCAGUGACAGCCUCUCGCCGGACCCCUGGAAAAGGGACGCCCGGGAGAAACUGGAGAAGCAGCAGCAGAUGCACAUCGUGGACCUGCUGGAUAAGGAGAUCCAGGAGCUGCAGGCCAAGCCCGAACGCACAGCCGAGGAGAGUGACCGCCUGCGCAAGCUCAUGCUGGAGUGGCAAUUCCAAAAGAGGCUGCAGGAGUCCAAGCAGAGCGAGGAGGACGAGGAGGAGGAAGACGAUGAGGACGUGGACACCAUGCUGAUCAUGCAGAGGUUGGAGGCUGAGAAGAGAGCAAGGCAGCAGACUGCUGUCCCAGCAAUCUCUGUUCUAGACUUGCUGCAGGAUGAGGAGCGGCGGCGGAAGCAGCAGCUAGAGGAGAUCCGUAAGCGUGAAGCUGAGGAACGGGCUAAGCAGGAGGAGGAGAGGCGCUGGAGAGAAGAGGAGCGGGCCAGGCGAGAAACCGACGAGAAGAGGAGACAGGAGGAGGAGUACUACACCCGCCUGGAGGCGGAGCGGCGCCGGCAGCAUGACGAGGCCGAGCGCAAGCUGCUGACGCCAGAUGAACCUGGUCUGUACAGACCUCCUCUGCCCCGGGACUACCAGCCCCCCCUUCCCGCACCCGCCACUAACAACAACAGCAUCAGCAACAACAGCAACCCUCCUCCGACCCCGCCUCAGAGAAACACCUCCUACCUCAAAACCCAGGUCGUCUCCCCCGACACCUUGUACACUGCCAAGUUUGUCUCGUACAAUGACGAGGAGGAGGAGGACGCAGGCGUAGCAGGUCAGGUUAAGCUCUCGGCUACCCGGAAGUCAUAUGGCGACCUUCCGGCCGCCCCAAAGCCCCAACCGCCUCCUCCAACCGCACGCAAGCCCCGCCCGCUCUCGGACGGCAUCUUUCUGUCCGGCUCAUUCCAGCUGCCCCCGGCGGCCAAUGCCAACAGUACCGCGCCCAAGGCAGGGCAAGCCCCUCCCCCUCCCGCAAAACCCAGCUUCAUUUCAUCAACUGCCCCAAAAGGAUUUAAUUCAUACACUGGAAACACAACAACAGGAGUUGUAGGAUCAGGAGAAGUUUACAAGGACCCACGAGAGAAAUCGACGGGAAAAGGUGGUCAAGAGCAGGAGAAUUCCAUAGGCGGUGCGCCUGAGAACCUCACAUUCAAGGAGCGCCAGAGACUCUUCUCACAGGGAAAGGAAGUUUCAAACAAAGUGAAGGCCUCUCGGAAGUUAAUGGAGCUGGAAAAUGAACUCAACACAAAAUAGUAGCCAGCAGCCUUAGAUGGACUGAAUGCCAAUCCCUGACCCAGCACUGGAAAGAAAAAAAAAAGAAGAAGAGAAAGAGAAAGAGAUCUGGGUGGAGCUUCCCACUGUUUUUCCAAAAUUCCUUUUCAUUUGUAUUGAAUAACUGGACCAGGACGUAUAAUUUAGAAGCACCGUUGCAAAAAGAGCGACAGUACUGCGUGAUUUCCCUCUAAAGUAUCAAAGAUAUAUUAUAAUAAAGCACUGUAAAAAUGUUUUAAUUAUAUUAAUGAUGGAUUUGAAAUAUUUUUGUUUGUGAAAUGUUAUUCAGAAAAAUGACACAUUCUCUUCACGUUUUAUUAUUUUUUUAAAUAUCACUCAGUAACGUGGGACAUUUUUAUGGUGGUGUUUUAUGCUCUAUCUGCAUACUUCCACACAUUUAUUUACUUUCUGAAAAACAAGUGCUGAUUUAGAACAGACCAGUAUCCUGCGUUCAUGUCUCCCAGUAGAGAAAUUCAGGAGAUGAUUGGUCAAAGUAGAUUAUUGAUCUGUAGCUCAUGGGUAAACGUGCGCAUCCACUUCCAAACAUAGAGCUGCUGGUUCACUUGUAUGUUCACUUACACUGUCUGACAUUUGUCACCUCUGAUGUGUCUACGUAAACACAUUUGUAUUCAUUGGACGGAGUUCGCACAACCUCGUCAGCAUGAUCUGCAAAUGUUGGUCUUCCUCUGGCUUUAGAAUCUUUAUUUUGACUGCUGGCACAUUUCUCAUUCCAUGAGGAGCGAAAGUUUCAGUUUUAUAAUAUUCAGAGUUUUCUAUUUUCCCAGUUUUAAGUUUUGUAUUGUUACUAAACAGACUGGAUUGAAAUAAUUGGACGCUUGCAUAGUUGAGUGAGACACUGACCAGCUGAUGUAGUUAUGAGCAGUUUGACAGUAGCAUUUGUUAAAAGAAAUGGUUUGAGUAAAGAGGUUAAAGGAACUAAGACACGAAACGCCUCACUUUUGCUUAGCAGGUAUUUAUUUGAACCUUCUGACACAGUAACACAUUCUUUACUAUUUAUAAAAGUCUGGACCAUCUCUGUUGGAAGUGAAAUUAAUGACAAAUAUACACAUCAGAGAAUUACUUGUUUUUUUUUUGUUUUUUUUUUUUUGAAAGAAAAAGCCCUGAUUGUUGAAGAUUCGUUUUGAAUUUAGAUAGAUUUCCCUUGACUACAGUAUUGGAGAUUAUAUUUGCAUUGAAGAUGUGGUUGUACAUCUCCAUUGACAGUCUAGACUUACUGGUGUAUGUGUAAAUAAUUUUUCAGACUUCACAAACUUUGUAAAUUUAAAACGAUGCUUAAGGCUGUAGUGUCAAUAUCCUCUUUUUUCUGCUUCAGAAAUGUAAACUGACAUAUACAUAGUCAUGUUUUCCAUUUUAGGUUAAAGAAGAAAUUAUUUGAUUCAUUUUAAUGGUUGUUACAUGUUAGGCUUUUGUAAAUCAUAAAUAAAUGCAGAUUUUACAAAAAAUAAACUACUUUUGUUGUAA